UAGUCGCGGUUCUAAACAAUCAACCGAGACUCUUAAACAGCGGUUUCCGAUAGCGGUUUUAGCACUAAUAAAGCAAAAAAUUCGUUAUUGGCCUUUGGGUGAAACGGUUGGAACCCAAUUUCGAAUGGCUGGGAAAGAGGAGCAAGACAAGCUCGCCGAGUCUCUCAACGAUCUCUUCACCAGCGUCUCCACUAUGGUCAAAUCCGAGCUCCAGGGAUCAACCAACCACCUGGACCUUUUGGAGAAGAUGAAUCUGAGAGUGGCCGAAGAGUACAAAGGCUUCGGCGACGUGGCCUCUGGGCUGAGCGUCUUCGUAGAGCAGCUCAAGUCGAAAAGCGGCAGCUUUGAAGAGUAUGCGAAGCAGAUUGACGUUAUAGAGCAGCAAGUCACGGAGUUCGAAGCUGUGAUUUCAGUGCUGGAUAGAUAUGUGUCUAUGUUAGAGUCCAAAGUCCAAUCUGUGUAUCAGAAUCCGUCUCCUUCCUGAGUUUUAAGUGUUUGUGAAAAUUAUUUGGCUGUUGGUUUAACUUUUGUGGCAAUCUGUGUUUUUUAUUUGGGGUGUGAAAUGCUUUGAAAUUGGAAAUGAAAAGUGCCCUGCUUGAAGUAAA